AGUAAUCGUGCGACGUUUUUGUAUUAAAUGUCAAUAAACAAUAACCACCGUGACGACAAAGUGAAUUUUAAUAUAUGUUUUUAUCGAAUUAAUCAAUAGGGGGCGUAGCUACAGUUGUGUGACGUUAUUAGUGUAUUGCGGUUAUUAAUACAGAUUUCAACAGGUGCAAUUGCAAUACAGCCUUGAAUUUCAAGAAUAAGUUAUUUUGAAAUAGCAUUUUGUUGACAAUUGACAUAGAUUGAAGACGCUUUUGCUUAGACCCGGUCAACUUAACGAAAACAUGCAUUUGCUUUUAAGAAAUUACAGCCUCAGUUCUUCUAAUAGAACGUAAAAAUCCUCCUUAAUGGUAAAAGUUCUGUUUUGGUUAAUCUUUGACGCAAUUGAAAUCAUUACAUAUUCAAUGGGCACCCUUUGGCCACCUUUAAGGUGUGCAUUUCCGUUGUUUCUCACUAUGGAUGGUCAUCGACAAAUUAGUCGCCGUAGAUAAUAGCAGCGAAUCUUAUCUGAGUACGUGUUAGGUCUACGUGUUCACCAACUUCAUUUCCAUGAUAUCAAUUAUCGGAUUCGUGUCGAACACACAAAUACUCAGGAAGUUUGUUAUGUCAAUUUUUGAACUUCGUAUCGUAUUUCCACCUUCUCGGAAGCUCGCGUGAUCUUUUGAUUUCAUCUGAUACGCUUGAAUGCGUUCGUGGAAUCCAUAAUGUACGCACCUUAGUGCAAAACAAUGCGUCAUUUCCCAGUUUUUUUUCAUUAAAAGUGCGAGAAACUGAUGCAAAGAUUAACGUUUUGUGACAAUGUGCUUACGUAAUGAUGGAGGAUGAACAGCCUGUGCCGCCUCCGAGACGCAAAAAGCGUACGCAGAUAGCUGCUAACAAUGACAAGCAGAAGAGAACUGUCACUUGGGGACCUGAAACAUGGGUUGGUGUGAGAGCGCUGCGGGCCAGUUCCGGUGGUAUACUAGACCCGGAUGACCGGGUGUGUGACGUGGCAGAUGACCGUGAAACCCUCACUGCAGAGUGCACAAACCAGGCACCACAGCCUCGAGCAGCACAAGCAGAUGGUGCCAGUGGAUCUUCGGCAGGCACCGCCUCCCCUGACAUGUUCCGGGGAGGAGGCGGUGUGGGCGACAUGCGGGUUCCGAACGCAGAUUCUUGUGUGGAAGUCGGCGCUGCUGACUUAGAAGAUGGCGCCAAUGGCCUGCAGGUGCGACGAGGCAGCGAACCCACCUUACACCAGGAUACUCUUCCUCCACAGAGACAGGAAACCGACCAAACAAAACGCUGGUCAGCGGCAGUAGUGUGUCGUGAUGACCACCGACCAGAGCCCCCUCAUCCCGACAAACAUUCACACUUCCAGCGACAGACCAACAGAUUGUCCAUGCAGUUUUCUGGGCCAGGGAGUGGCGUAUGGAUGGAGGCGGCAGAACGGGUGCAGAUCUAUGGCAGUAAGAGUUUGCCAAGAGAUGCGAGACGUGAUCCGUUAGGGCAGGACACUGCUAUCGAACAACAAAAUAACAGGGUUGAAGAUAUGCUGCGAUGGGUAACCGGUGUAAAUAACGUAGUCAAUGUGAAUCAUGUGCAAGAAAGACCCUUGGAUUUACUCCCUGAAGUGCGACCCAGUGAACGAGCAAUAUCAGGAAUGGACGUGCCCGUCAGUCCCAGUAAGCCCAGUACAGCGCAGGGCGUUAAUGUGUCGCUAGUGAAGGGAGAAAAGGGUCUGGGAUUCACUAUAACCACGAGAGAUAACCCCACGGGGGGACACUGUCCCAUAUACAUCAAGAAUAUAUUGCCUAAGGGUGCAGCAGUAACUGACGGCAGACUUCGAGCUGGUGACAAGCUGGUGUCAGUAAACGGUGUCAGCGUGGCAGGUCUGACGCAGCAGCAGGUCGUUGCACUAUUGAGGAAUACUCCUACUGAUUCCACUGUUGAUAUACGAAUCGAAAGACCGGCUGGGAGGACUCAGAGGGUAGAGCCUCAACAGAGUCCGACAAAAUACAUAGAAAAGGCCAUAGGCGCCCCACCGAAACCAGCAGACACCGAAAAAGCGGUAGAAAACGGUAGAGUCUCCAGUAUAGUGAACGCCAUAAACAAUAACUCAAACUCUGUGCGAGGAAGAAUUUCUAAGAGUUCUUCUAAAGAUGAUCUGAAAGACCAUUCAUUGGACUCGGCGUUGCAGGAUGCGCUUAACUCGUCAUCUGGUUCAGUAACAAACCUUAGAAAUCGUCUCAUACUCCGCUUAGAAGUGCCAGUACACGAAUCGGAGAAAGCCGGACUCGGUAUCAGUGUGAAGGGAAAAGUGACUGCGACGCCGAAGCCUCACGAUUUGGGCAUUUUCAUCAAAUCAGUGCUACACGGUGGAGCCGCUUCCCGAGAUGGCAGAUUACACACAAACGACCAGCUCCUAAGCGUGAACGGCGUGUCUCUGGUCGGUCAAUCCAACGCCGAAGCAAUGGAAACCCUCCGACGAGCCCUCCUUCACUCCAGGCCCAACCUGCACGGCACCAUUUCCUUGACCAUCGCCAGGCGGACGGACAGCAUGGACAGCCUGGCGCGAUGGAAGGACGACACGCCCCCAAACGGAAACGACACGACCGGCUCCAACGACAACUCCAACUUUAACACCGUCAUUUACAACGACAACAAACAGACGGACGCCAACUACGACAAGAAACACACUUCCGUCGUCACAAUUAAUAAUAACAGCUGGAUAUCCAACCAAUCAGACGACAGCAAGGGAUAUCUGGAGAGGGAAGAUGCGGUCCCCCACGAUAGUAAGAGAGACAGCUUCGAGUGGAGCCGUUUGGACGGUUGGAAUCCAGUGAUAGACAGACUGACAGGAUUGAGAAACGAGAGUUAUUAUAUGGCGACGCAAGAGGUGCCGAAUGGAAAUCUGAGGAGUAUGGGGCACGUGCACAUGUCUAGAUCGCCGCCUGCGCAUCAUAAUGUUAUUAUUGAGGAGGAUUAUGGAACUAGAAUCCCGAACAGGGGAAGCGUCGGGGGCGAGUCGGGCAGCGAGUGCGGAGUCAAUACAAAUGGCUUCAGUCGAGAUGCGAUCGGGAGGCGAUCGAUGUCCGAGAAGAGACACGCCGCGCUCGACGCCAAGACCACGGGCACCUACAAGAAGAUCAAGGAGAUUAAGGCUAGCGCGGCACCAGUGGGUCCCUCCUUGGGAAUGCGCAAGUCAUCGAGUCUGGAGUCGCUGCAAACCGCCAUACAGGAGACGAAGCGAAACCCGCGGCAGGAGCCUAUAUACGCUCGGGCACAUCCACCUACAUACCAACAUAUGGAACAUUUUGCUAUGCUACCCAAUAGAGACGGUUCGCUUUUCCGGAAUAAAAACCUAACUCUUAAACACUGGUUGACCGACGACAAUAAUGCCCCAGAGAUCAUCCGGGGCUCACCUCAACAAUCAUCUCUGUCCCACAAGAAACCAUCGCUGCUGAAAUCAAUAUCUACGAUGUUCAGGAUCGGCAAACCUCACAAGAAAGAAGACGUGUACGGGAGAUCGACGCCCGCGCGUUCGUCGGAGAAGUCGCUCGCACGAGAUGCGAUGGAGAGACACCGAGAUGAAAGAAUUGAGGACGUACAUACGCGCAGAGAAGAGCUCCGAAGCAGACAAAACAGUGAGCGAAGUACGCGCUCCGAUCGGCGAAACGGACCCGCUAUACAGGCAAUGGAGAGCGCGUGGGGGCCUACAGGCCAUUAUGUCAAUUAUGAAGAAAUCCAACAAAACCUAAAUGCGCGGCGAGAGAAACUGAGCGAAGUACAAAUCGGUCAAAUGCGGCGGCAAGUUCACGCACAGAGAGCGAAAGCCGAGGAAGAAAGCAGCAGUCGCCGCGGAAUGUCCAGUGUUAGCCACUCCCAACGCUCAUGCAGGGAUCGUGAGAUACCACGUCCCCUCUCCAACUACUACGAAUAUGAAGCUGCACCGCCAAGAAGAUCUGGAAAGCUGUCUCAUUACCAUUAGCACGGUAGAGCUCGUUUUCCUUGCAUAGUCAUACCUUUAGAAUGAAUUUUCCUUGGCUUUCUAGAAUAGAGAUUUUAAAGGGGUGGAAGAAGAGUCUUAAGAAAAGAUUUAGAUUCGAGAUGUAGCCCGAACUAUACCUACCGUACGUUUCGUACUUGUUACGUUGUACGUAUAUCAAUACGGCGGUCACAUUUAGCGCCAAGUUUCGAAUCUGAAUCAUAAACGAAGAAGUGUUUCAGAAAUAAUAUAUCUAGUGAUGAAGUACUUAUAAGGUGAUUUAUGUCUAAGCUAAAAUGUUCGUCACCUACGUCAAGAUUCAAAGAAACAUGACGUGUACUUACCACGUCAACAAGUGCAAUUAGAUAUUCAAAUGUUGUUUGAAAUCAACUCCCAGGUUUUUUAUCCUUAUUGCUUUUAAAUAGGAUGCAUUGAUUGUUUGAACGAAAAAUGUAUUUUAGAGAGUUCAAUUCCGAGUAAAAAAAGAAUGGACAGGUGAGACAAAUGAAACGUGUAGUUACACGGUAGAACCAUUGUUUCCCAACCGUUUUUGUGGCAUGCCCCUUAAACUACUUAAAAUCCUUACGCCGCUCUAUGUCACAUACAUAGAUUACAUAUUAAACAAAUUGAAUUGAUCACUUAAGAAUUUUAUAUCUAUUAUUAGUUUUAGGAAGAAAUCACUAUGAAAUUGUUGACAAAAUAAGAAGUAAAAAAAAAAUCAAAUAAAUAUCAUAAAGAUUUCUCUAUAUUAUUUUAGUGAUAUUUUCUAUUAGGUUCCAAUUUGGUUAGCUUCAGUCUCAAGUCUCCAGUUGUGUUAUAUCCAGCCGAUUUCGAUUGCCCCCCUUAACAAUCAAAUUGCCUCCCUGCAGGGCGUGGGCACGUCGGGAAACACUGAACUAAGCUAACGUUUUCAUUUCUCUCUACUUAUCAUUAGAGUUUAAUAAAUUAUGUGCCUUUAUAUACCACAAUAUAUUUUGUUCAAUUUUAAAAAUUAUAAAUAUUUUCCUGUACGAAAUGUAGUAUACAUUUCGUAUAAAUAAUAUAUGUUAAAACUUGCAAAUGUUGACGUCAAACUUAUAAAAAAUACCUUUGUGUUUUGUCAUUUGUAAAAUUUUGUUAUAAAUGAAGAUUUGCACCUACCUAUAUUCUUUAUACGAACUAAAUUUAAACACGGUUUUAAUUACUAAGAUUCAUUGAACGUAGACUAAAACUAGUAUUGUGUUUGUUGCCAUGGUUACGAUGAUUGAUUGAGAAUGGUGAGUAACUAUUUUUAGUCUACGUCUUAUGGCUGAUUGUUUUUACGCUGUAAUGGGGAGGUAAAACACUUCAAUCCAGUCAAUACUGAUUUGUUUUUUUAUGAAAUAUUGUUUCUAUCCUAGCGAUAGUGCUGGAGUUCUUUGGUUAACGGAAUGGUAUAUGUAAAUUUUGAUCAGCGCCUCCGAGUAUAUCGAGUAUUCAAUAGUAAAUGUCACGUAAACUUUCGGGUAUCUAAACUUCCUUAUAGUUGGCCUAAUGUUCUUUGAAUACUUGGUAGUAAAAUAUUAAAAAUAUUCACGAAAAACACUUGUGAAAAGCAUACGAACUUUUAUUACUAAUAGUUUACACGAAUAGUAUUCGGGUGCUGAUAAAGUCAUACAAAAUUCAUCCUUACUAUCCUACACUGAUUUACGUAUACGAAAGGUGUUGUCAUAUUAGGAAGUGAAACUUAAAUUAAAUUCAGAGUCCAGACUUAACCCUAAGUAUGACUUCAUAGCGAUAAGUCUCGGACUUUAUUAACUAUACCGUAAUAUUAAAAUAGUUUUGUAAGUUUUAGUUUCGUUUUCGGACGCAUUGUUGUAUAUAUCAAAAUUAUAUUUUAAGUUGAAGCGUUAUAUUCGUUAAUUAAGCAUAUGUAAAAUACAUUCCUACUUAUAUUAAGACAUAAAUCAAAGAAGCUUUAAGUGUAGGAUAUUUUUUAUAAUAGGUGUUAAUUCCGACUGAUUAUGUAGGAAAUUCGUUUGACAUUGUAUUUUCAAUUUUUUCAUUUGACCUCAUCCGCCAUUGUUACAUAAUUAUCGUAUUCCGUCGACAAUUUGUGAUAUUACUAAGUUAAGCGUCUAGUCCUACUUCCUUACAACGGCCGUACUCAGAGUUGUCCGUUUAUUAUUUAGUAUUCGUUUGUAUUUAAAGUUCGGAUCGUGUCUCAAUAAGUUAUAUUUACGGAUAAAUAGAUCAGCUUUAAAUAGAUCCACUAUUUAAAACUUUAUUAAUUACUAAAGUAACGUUUAUUAAGUUAAGCAACUCUGAGAACGCCUGUUAGCUUAGAUUAAAACACUUGUAUUUGCGAUUUAAGUCUUUCAAUAAUCAAAAUGUAGAAAGUUAGUUUGCACUUGAUUCUAUAAAUUUUAAGAUGAAAGCACACGCUACAUUUUGCUAUAGAGUUUGUUCCUCAAAUACGUAGUUAAGUAGGACAUUUGAAAUCUUAAUAGGCUCUGUAUUCACCUAACAUAUCUAUUGUAAAUAAAUAUCUGAUAAAUGUUAAAAUAUCGACAUAUCUAUGAACAAUUAGUAUAUAAUUAUUGCAUUUUUUUGCAAAUUUGUGUAUAUAAACCAUGAUUUUGUAACAUACAAUGUAUUUGUAUGCCUUUAGGCGAUC